AUGGUCGGCGCUCGCAGACCGACAGAGGCAUCUGGCAAGUCCUUUCUCAAUGAGCACGAACGUGGCAAGACACUAAUCCGAAUAUCCUGCUUGAAGUUUGCCAUAGCCGCCAGCGUUAUCGGCGGAUUAGUGAGGCAGGGAGUGGUGCUAACGACGACCUUCAUGGCCAUCUUAGCGGUCACUUUCCCUCGGAGUGAGACCUCUUUAGGUGGAAACUAUAAUCUGCACUAUCUGCCAGCUUUGUUUCGACGAGAGAUGCGCCCUCAAAUCGGCCCAUAUUCGCCAGGGGUCGCAGAGGUGGCCGGCCGGCCUUUUCCUGCAUACUCACUGAUUCCCGAUGCGCCAAUCAGCCUCUACAUUCCCUUUGCGGGAUUUCUCUGGAGUGACUCGCUUACCUGGGAUACUAAUCGGCAUAGUUUUCAAUGGAAGGACGAGAUCCGGGCAUUUCCAAAACAACCAAGCACUGCAGAUGCACUGGAGGACCAAAUCGACCAUCUGAACAACAAUCAAUCAAGGGUCAUUUUUUCAGACAGUUUUAAUACAGUUGGCCCUUGGUUCUUUCAACAUGUCCUCUCUGAUGAGGAUGACCCGGCCGACCCUGUCCUUGCUGCCCGGGUCUGGCCAGGUCAAGCGGUGUACCUGCGUCAGGUGGAGACAGGCGAGUUCGUCACUCCCAGUAUAGAUGGAAUCACCAUCAGUGACAUGUACGACAACGUGCUUGAUGGUGAAGUACGCCGUCUGCAUAUCACCGCGGACGAACAUGAAUCACCCACUUCAAAAUGGCAAGUGAUCUAUGAUGCGCACCAUGAUCACGGAUUCCGCCUGUGGAACGAAGCAGCCAACUGCUUUCUGGCCACGAGCUAUCGCACCUAUCCCAACAUGCAUGGCCGCGAAUCAAACGAUACAAUCCUCGAGACCUUGCAUCUAGAGUUGGAAGCGUGCUGCACUUAUCCGGCCUCGCAUGCUGCCUCUACCUUCUACGCCGUGGAUGGCGUCAGAAAGCCCCCUGCGCCGUCGACAUGGCUUCCGCCGUCGACUGGGCAACUGGCCAUGUAUGAGUCGCAGCUUCGGGCACGCGGGUCCAAUACGAUCGACCUCCUUCGCGCAAUGUGGAUGCUGUAUUUGUCCCGCGAGCACUAUGCACGGUUGCAAGACAUGGCAUCGGACCAAGCAAAGCUGCACGUCGGCAUCCCCUAUCCGACGCACUGGAGUCGUGUCUUUCAUACCAUUAUAGCAGGCAGCGUUCUCCUACAUCUUGGAAAAGCGAUGUAUGCCCGGCGUCUCCGGGCACCUGGCGUUCGCAAACCUGCCACAUACCGAAGUGGCUCGAUGCUGUUACUACAGCUUUGCUAUCUGGUGUACUACAUGGUUGGCACUCUGCAGCGAGGGAAUGAAGUCUGGGAUAGCCACUUUGCCGUAGGUGUGGCAUGGAUCACCGUCGUUGAUUUCGUGGAUCAUGUCGGGUGUAUGGGUGUUAAUUUUGGAUCUUGA